AUGCUCCUUCAGUCGUUUGCCACUGUCGCUUGCCUCGUUGCGUCUGCGGCGGCGCAUGCUACCUUCCAACAACUAUGGAUAAACGGUGUCGAUGCAGGAUCAUCAUGUGUCCGCACUCCAGCUUCCAACUCACCCGUGACGGAUGUCCUUAACAACGACAUUGCGUGCAACGCCAAUGCCGCCUCGAGUGCUGGUAUCUGCAAUGUUCAACCUGGCGACAGUGUGACGGUUGAGAUGCAUCAGCAGCCUGGCGACCGCUCUUGUGGGAGUGAGGCCAUUGGCGGAAAUCAUUUUGGACCCGUUAUCCUCUCUAUGGCCAAGGUCGCCGACGCCAGCACUGCCGUAGGCUCAAGCGCGAGCUGGUUCAAGGUCCACCAAAUGGGUCUUGUCUCAAACAACCCACAAUACUUUGGUUCCCAGGUCCUCAACAAUAAUUGCGGGCACUAUACCUUCACUGUGCCGUCCGGCCUUGCUCCUGGUAAUUAUCUUCUUCGGGCGGAAGUGAUUGCAUUGCACUCUGCUUCUGGCGUCAACGGUGCCCAAUUCUACAUGUCAUGCUUCCAAAUCAACGUUGGUGGAUCAGGUUCAACAGUACCCUCUGGGUAUAGCCUGCCUGGUGCUUACAGUAACACGGACCCCGGCAUCCUGAUCAACAUCUACCAAUCGCUCUCCACUUACGUUGUUCCUGGCCCCACAUCAAUCUAUGGGACUACAGCGCUUCCCAUUGCGACGACCGCCUACCCAACUACCGCUACUUGGAAUACCGCUCUGCAGCCAACUACUGUUCCGACGGCCGUACCAACCCCUGGUCAACCAGGAAUAGGGACGGCAUAA